CUGUACCAAAAUGUGCAUGUUUCCCCUUUAUGACCUUGCGUGAAUUCGGUUAAGCUCAGCAACCGCACUUGUGACCUGGCACGAUCUCGGUAUUCUUUCGAUACCACGAGGUCGCCAACAAAUACAACUCGACUACAGCCAUCAACUGCCUUCUGAUAUUCGACUUACGGGGAUAUUAUCGGUUAACUGGUACGUAGUCAUCCUGUAGUGCUGAUCAUAGUCAACCGCGACUCGACACCACACUACAACUGGUGAACCAAAUCUAAGAAUAAGUCUCAACCUCUGGUCAAAUCUUCCAAAGAAGCCGAUUGCGGGCAACCAAGAAUAAAUGCUUUAGAAGAAGAAGAAGAGCAAGCUCUGCGUGCACUGAACCUACAGGAUGACUCAUAAGACUGUUCUGUAAACUAGAUCUCCCUUCUGUACAUAACCCGCGAAUUUUCAAAUAAACGACUGGUAGUUCCCAUUCCGUGUUCUCUCUCUGGUGUGAAGUGCUCGGUUAACAUUGUGUGUGUUGUGGUUUUAGGUCUUCCCGCCUUUCACUGACUGCUGAUUACAUGUGUUACAAUGGUUAUCGACCAGUUUGACAGGUUGAUCUUGAAGGGAUCGGUAACCUACAACAUUGGAUGAUACCACUGAAGCAUUACCUCGACCAAUCACAUUGUUCAUAGUCCCCAUGUUUGCGUUGUGAUGUGCUUUAUGCAUUUUGAAUAAAAUGCAAUCAAUGAGACGACUGAAGUUCUUUUUGCCAUAUUGUAUCAUAACAUUGGGGAGUGCGUUUCCUUUUGGAUAUCACAGUGGAGUGAUAAAUGCACCUGCUGACCUGAUCAAAAGCUUCAUAAAUACUACUCUGGUUGCUAGGUCAGUCACAUGUGAUGAACGUUGCAUCGACUUGAUAUGGUCACUCUGUGUUACGUCCUUCCUCCUUGGGGGAUUUUUUGGAGGCUUGAUUGGUGGUGUUUUGGCUAACAAGUUGGGCCGGAAAAAAUCACUAUUUCUGCUUUCUAUCCCAACUGUAAUUGGGUCACUCCUGAUGAUGUUUUCGAAAAUGGCACAAUCUUUCGAAAUGAUUAUUGUUGGGAGAUUUACAAUUGGGAUAGCUUGUGGCGCUCAUACAGUCGUUGGGCCUAUGUUUUUGUCAGAAAUAGCUCCUGUCAAUUUCCGUGGAGCUGCGGGAACUUUCAAUCAGUUUGUGCUUGUUUUCGCUAUAUUGUUGUCACAAGUGCUUGGUCUGCCUGAAGUGAUGGGGACAACUGAAUUAUGGCCAUAUCUACUUGCUUUAUGUACCGUUUCCAGUGUCAUACAUAUUUUACUUCUGUCCACUUGUCCUGAAAGUCCUACUUACUUAUAUAUUAUUAAAGGUGAUCGUCGAAGGUCAGAAAAUGCAUUGGUUUACCUUCGAGGGCAAGAUUGCGAUGUACAUGCUGAAUUAGAACUACUAAAAAUGGAGACACAACAGUCAUCUACACACAAAUCAAAUUUUUUCGACCUACUACGUAUUCCAUACUUGCGAUGGGGACUGAUUGUAGCUUUGGUACUACAUAUUGGCCAACAGUUUUCCGGUAUAAAUGGAAUUCUUUACUACUUCGUAAGUUUAUUCAUAUCGAAUGGGUUAACAAAACAAGUUGCAAGCUAUGCGAAUCUUGGUACUGGAGUUACUAUUCUAAUUGGUUCAUUGGCAUCCAUAUUUAUUAUCGAUCGGAAAGGCAGACGUCCUUUAUUAAUGUUUGGAAUAUCAGCUUGCCUUUUUAGCCUCUUACUAUUCACUUUAACUUUGAUUAUUAAACGAGUGACUGAAAUCAAUAAACUCACAAUUCUAUCUAUUGUAUUGACGUAUACGUUUCUAUUUGGAUUUUCAGUGAGUUUAGGUUCUAUUCCAUGGUUUUUGGUUUCUGAAUUGUUUACGCAAGAAAAUCGUGAUGCUGCUGUCUCUAUCGCUGCAGCAACCAACUGGUUAUGCAAUGCUAUUGUAGCAUUAAUAUUCCCACAGUUGGUUAUCUAUAUUAGUAUUUAUGCUUUUAUACCGUUUAUAUGUGUAUUGUUGGCUGUAUUAAUAUUUGUCGGAUUGUAUCUACCUGAAACGAAAGGGAAAACGCCAGCUUCCAUCGAAGCUUACUUUAUGCGUCUUUAUGGUUUCCGUGGGACAGAAGUACAUGAAAAUCCAACAUUUGCAGAUAUAAUAGAUGAUACAACACAAGCUUAGUUUGGUAACGGUGGCACUGAUGAUUUAGUUCACAAUUCACUUUGACAAGAAUAUUAUAUAUAUAUAUAUAUAUAUAUAUAUAUAUAUAUAUAUAUAAAUUAAUCCUUAUUCAUAUCGUGUACUAUUACCACUAUAUAUUUUAUAUACCAUUAUUUUUUUGGAUAUUAUGCCUCUCCUGUAUAUACAUAUACAAGAUUGCCAAAUGUUCUAACACAGUUCUAUUUUCUGCAUACAUUAUGUCAGUAUGUGUGACUAUUCUCUUUUGAAUUUUUGUCUAAGUUCAUUGAUUCAUUCUAAUAUCUUAUCGUUAUCUAUCUAGUUGUUAUUUUCUAUUUAAGGUUUAUCUUAUUAUUUAAAACUAUUACAUUAUGUCUAUCUCAUUUGUAUUCAUUGACUUUCUUCUUUGAAUCUUUAUAGUUUUCUUGGUGUUUUUGUGUUCCAUUUCUCUAAUGCCUAAAAAAAUUUUUCAUUUACCCUUGGAUUUUCUUUUCAUGUAUAAGAUAAUAUUAAAUUUUAAUGAUAUAUUAAAACAUUACUUAUUUUUUUAUUUUCUUUUGUUCCGAUAUUAAACAUACAACAAGCAUAUCAAUAAUAUUUCUAAUUUUUUUCUUUCUGUGAAUUACUAAAUCAUAGCUGAUAACUGUGUUUGUUUUUUCGGGCGCUCGUUUUGUAUUCUCUUAUUUUCACUGAAAUAAAACAUACUUUUUCUGUCAUCAAAAGUCUGUUGUAUUGUUUUAGAAUUCAAAGUUGUGAAUAUUGAGCUUUCAUAUAUAUAUAUAUAUAUAUAUAUAUAUAUAUAUAUAUAUAUAUAUAUAUAUAUAUAUAUAUUACAGAAAAGAGAGCACAUUAUUAUUUAACUGUUUAUACUGAAACCAGUAGUCACUGUUCAAUGUCAAAUAGUUUUUGAGUAUUUUCACUAGAUAAUAUCAAUCCAUAAUGAUAAACC